UAACUUCAAGCAUCAUCGAUGAAUGUUAACGUUUCGUAGAGUAAUAAAAAUAUUAAUGUGUUACUUAUAUUUUUAUCUUGUAAUAAAAAUGUAUGUUAUAAAAGGACGUAUUCUCAAUAUUUUUGUUGAAAAUUGCAAUAUAUAUUCAUCGUUACUAGGACCACAUUCAAUCAAUCAUCUUAAGAAAUUGUAUAGAUAUGCCCAUAUUGAUAUACCGAAACCUAAUUUUGAAGAAUACCGACGAAAAUCGCUACAAGACAGCGAAACAUCUGCUAGAGAAAGUGCCAAUCAACGAAAAACCUUAAGUUGCGUUGCUUCUUUCGCUGGCGGUGUCGCUGGAUUGUAUGCUUUGAAAUCUCAUAUGUUACAUUACAUAUAUUUCUUAUCGCCGUCAAGAGACAUAAUAGCAGUAGCUCAAUUAGAAGUAAACUUGAGCACUAUACCGGUGGGAAAAGUGUCGAUUGUGAAAUGGCGUGGCAAACCUGUUUUUAUCUAUCAUCGAUCGCAGUCGAUUAUCGAGCAGGAGAGAGCCGUGAGCUUAUCAGAACUGCGCGAUCCACAAACGGAUGACGACAGAGUUAAAAAGCCGGAAUGGCUAGUCGUAAUAGGAAUCUGCACGCAUUUGGGAUGUGUGCCGAUUCCGAAUGCCGGCAUUAUAACCGGUGGUUUCUUCUGUCCGUGUCACGGCUCGCACUUUGACGCGUCCGGUCGGAUACGAAAAGGACCGGCACCGACCAAUAUGGAGAUACCGGAAUAUAAAUUUAUAAACGAUUGCAAUGUUAUUAUCGGAUAA